AUUCUCAGUUUACUGCCUAUUUGUCUCCUGGCAGCUUCACCCCAUCAACCUUUCGUCGCAUCUUAUUCGUCACAUUUUUUUGUCGCAUCUGUCAUCUUACCUUUGGGCUCAGUUAUUCUGGUUGCACAGAUCCCUUCAGCGGAAGCUGGUGGGAAUUUUUUCCUUCUCCCCUUUUCGCCGGUCUCCUCGCGCAGACCUUGUCAAAUUUACGGCUACGCACGUCUAAAUCGGCCGCCGACAUUGGGAGCUGUGUCCACCGCCAUCAUCAUCACCAACACAUGACAUCGUAUCACAACACUUGGGCAGCCGUUAUACGCCUUCCUAAUUUGACGCUGUCCUGUCUCGACUUUGGGUGAGCGGAGCGGUAGUCACUCUGAUUCACUGCUGAGUUGCAGAUAGCAUCCGGUUUACCACUUUCGAGCAUUUCACUUUUCUCUUUGAAAAGUCUCUCCAAAGCCCAUUAGUUUCUCUCUUUCUUUUUUUCUUUGUACCUUUUCAUUAUCAGUGGAUGGGGUUCUUAUUCCUUUGGACAUCGACAACCCUUCAUCUCAUCCCCAUUUAGCCACUUUUCAUCAUGGCGGCGUCCAGCAAGACAAGUCAGUCAUCCAAAUCUUCGCAUACUACAUAUGCACCUACUCCGAACAACAAUGCGUCAAUGUUGUUAGAGAAAGGCCGGCAAGGUGGUCGGCGAUCCACUCCAGACUCUGAAGCACUUGCCUCCUCCGAGGAUGAAAACGAUCACCACGGGCAUACUCAAGCACAACCGACUCCCGUUUCGAAGACGACGCGACGUACCUCAUGGCUGAACGAAAUACCCAGCUCAUUGCCCCGGAAAGCAUCUUUAACCGCUACCAGCUCAUUUUCUCCCGUGAACUCAAACCCCACCACACCAGCAACGGAUCAAGGUGCCUGGGGUUCAGCAACAAGCCCAGGUCUCGCAAGCUCGGUUAACUGGGGUUCGACAGGAAAUGGGUCCUUCCCAUGGGGUACUGGGAUAUGGAAUGCCGAGAACCGCAAAGAACCACCUUCAAGGUUGUCAGAAGUCCUCCAAUCUCCCACCUCCAUACACCCACCUAAUUCGAGCUUCGGGUCUGCCGACGAGGUGAUCAGCCCUACAUCGCGAUCCGUCACGGAAGCAUCUAUACCUUUUGCUAUACCUAUCCAUCCCACCCCCAAAACCUAUCGUUCUCAGUCGUAUUCUGUUGGACAGCUAGACCCAGAAACCACUCAUAUGAUGCCGACCAAAACUACUGCGCCAGUGUCUGGAGCUCGCACCAGGAACAGUGCGCAAUAUUCCGUCCAGCGCCGCUCCUCACGGCCUAGCAUACUCGGUGAGCUAGGACGUGACUCCGCCGUUCUGGGGCGUGUUCGGGAAGACGAUGAUGAUAUUAGCCCCAAUGAUUCUGAAGGCAAUAAUAAUAAUUGGUCUUCUAAUCAGGGCCAUAAACUACACCCUAUCCAUGGAAGCGUCCCCGAGGAAAGCGAUCUAGCGGUCGAAGACAUGGAUGAACUCGGCGAAUUUCCCGGAUAUAAUGCCUCGCGCAGUAACGCCAGGAGACGAUUCAGCCUACACUCUGCUAAUCUGGAAAAACAGUUUCCUACUUUUACUUCUUUGGAGAAUCGUACUUUGGAAAAUAUCAAGCGGGCUCAGUGGCAAAGUUCACUUGGUUUCGGCAGUAUUAACGACGUUCCCCAGAGCCGUCGUCACUCUUUCGCGGAUGUUCCCACGAGACACGUCUCAUCACUCUCCGGCUCGGCAGAUUCCCAGCCUCCUGUCGGCACAGCUGUUAAGAAGCAGGACGAGGACGUUGGGAGCUAUCCGGAAACUGGCUUAAGCGCUUCAUCCACAGAUAAUCUUGCCUACUUUUCAGGUCAUGAUCUUUCAAACCGUGCAAAUGAGCCUCCACCAUCGUCUGGAAUAUCGACAGCUUUGCAUCAAGCAUAUGUUAUGCCAAACGCUUUUGGCCGACAGCAUGCAGCGUUAGCUCAGCCACAUCAGAAUCAGCAGCUCUUCGUCGUCACAUUCAAAUGUUAUCGGGCAGAUAUUUUCUAUAUUCAGGAAGAUACUGGACUGCAGGUUAAACCCGGGGAUCUUGUCAUUGUCGAAGCGGAUCGUGGAACCGAUCUUGGCACUGUUGCACAUGCAAAUGUGAGCUGGCAAAAGGCACGAGAGUUAAAGGAACAUUAUGCGGAGGAGCACUAUAAAUGGUUGAUGAUGUUUUCUCGCCAGAACCAGUCUGGGGCGCCUCAUGCGGUGAAUCCAAACGGUCAUUCAGGCUUAAGUGGAAGUACAGUCGGCGGCAUGGGCCCUCACAGUCAACAUGCUGGACAGGAAAACCAGGGUGGUGAUAUUAAACCAAAAUUGAUUAAACGACUUGCACAGAACCACGAAAUUCAGACUUUACGCGAUAAAGAAGGAAAUGAGGCCAAGGCAAAGCGUGUUUGCCAGCAAAAAGUUCUCGAGCACAGAUUGAACAUGGAGAUCCUCGAUGCCGAAUUUCAAAUGGACUGGAAGAAGCUUACUUUCUAUUACUUUGCCGAUACAUAUAUCAACUUUAAUUCGCUGGUUACGGAUUUAUUCAAGAUUUACAAGACUAGGAUUUGGAUGUCUGCGAUUAACCCUGCUUCUUUUGUCACGCCCACAACCGGUUUACAGGCUCUAGGAGGCCUUGGACCCCCAUCCUCUCUGGGUUACGGUCAAGAUCCACAUGGAGAUCGCCGUCGACCGCAUGAUUAUAAGCAAUAUGGCGCAGGGAUCAGCCAAGGAUUGACUCCCGGAAUUUUCACUGAGCCAUUGAACAGAGAGACAGCUGGUCAAGGUGGGCCGAUGCGCUCGCCUUAUUUGGAUUCUUAUCAGUCGCUUGGAAGCGCUCGGCAACCGGAAGCUGGCUACAACGGUUAUACGCAUGGUUUGCAACCUCAGACCGAUCCGUUUAGCUCCUACGCCUCCAACUAUGGGAUAUCCGAUCCGGGUACAGCUGGGUUUGGAGCAGCAGGCAUGCGCAGCGGUUAUCCUGCACAAGAAGAAUGGAUGAACCGCUUCCAGGGCCUUUCGCUUGGCUCUUAAUUAAAAAGAGCAGUUGGAUCUCCGCUAUUGGAACAGUCCGUGCUUCGAAUGCUGUCCGCUUUGGCAAUCCGUUGUUUCCGCUUCUUUUUAUUCGCACCACUGCAUCCGCAUCCGCUAUUAAUGAUAUCUCGCGCCACAUUCUAUUCUCCUUCAGAUUUACGGGUUUUAGUACCUAAUAUUUUUCCCUUCGGUUUUGCAGGUCAUUUUCUUGCGCGUUUGUACCAUCCUAUCGUGCUUACAUCGAUUCUGGACAUACAGGUGAACUAGAUAUACACUUGGCAACAGGCUGGCGCGAAAGGUGCUUAUGAUACGGACAUUUAAACGGCUUUUUUGACUUCUCAGUCCUUUCGGAAACCACCGAUAGAUUAUCUCGACCCAUGAUUAACGGAUUGACAUUUGCCUUAAAAACCACAUUGGCACCACAGGCUCUUUUUUCUACUACAAAUCACCUGCUCGAUGCAAACUCUCGUUUUAGGGCGAUUUUGCUCCUUGCAUGUUCUAGUUCACCUUUCCACGACCUUCGCUUUACGGGAUCGGUAAAGGGAAUCGCAACAUCAUUUCCAGUACAUUGGUUGCAGAGAUUUUACAAUGCUCUUAUCUCCUGUUAUCUAAGACUGGCCAUUCCUUUAUCAUCGUUUCGUGUUUUCAUAUGGGGACAUUAUCAAUCUGCCUGUGCAAUAUCUUGAAUUUGGAACAAAAUUGAGGAUGAAAGGCUGUUUGAAAAAUUGAUAAUGGACAGAUUGACUCUCAAGACGGCAAUGGAACUAAACCAUCUGUUUUUCGAUAUGGCCAGGGAAUUUCUUUUGGGAUAUCAAAGUCCUUAAGCUAUGGACUCCCCGAUUCUGCGGGACUCGCUUUGACUUCCAGACAGAACGGGAGGAUACUCGAAGGAUCUUUGGCACAUCAUACUCUCUUUAUGCUACUCUUUCUUAAUUUCCUUUUGCGUGUACCUAUAUUUAUUACUCCAUGUAUACUUAUUGUCCUUCAUUUCCCCAGGCGCCGAUGACGAUUGCUUCGCCGGAUCCAAUUCUCAGAUUUCUCUCUCCUUUUCUUAUUAUACCCCGUUCUUUUCUUUUCUUUUCAACAUAUUUCUCAUCGGCACUAGAAUGCUGACCAACAUCAGAGAGAUGGAUUGGUCUAUUGAAGCCACGAUUGUCUCUCCAGUCCUUUCCGAAUAUUUGGUUUGUUAUCAAAAGACGUGAAUUUCUUAUGUAUCAUGCCUUUGACUGCAAAUUGGCUUCUUUAUUCUGCUCGUUCCCUCCUCAGUUUGAUAUGCCCAUUUUCCUUUUUCUCUAGUUCCCAAGAGUGUUUAUCCAGAUAGGAGCCGUAUGCAUACAAUACAUUUCUUAUUGA